GAAAAUUCAAAAAUCCCAACGUUCGAAUCGGGAAAUUCAGACAUUUCAAAAAGCCGCUCUUCUCUCUUACAAAACAUUCAGAUCUCUCUCUCUCUCGCUCUCUCACUCUCACUACCUCUCUUUCUGAAAACAAUGAAGUCUCCAGCGAUAUUAAGCGAGAACAGGUUCUUAGGAAGCAUUACAAGUUCUUCCAUCCGUAAUUUGCUUCCAAAAUCAAUCUCAGCGAAGCACAAACCACCACCAAUCCAUAACCCAGAAACUAAGAUUCCCAGAUCCAACGAUGAGAACUCUAUUCCUGUAGAUCCAAACCAACAGGCUGUUGAUCAAUUCACCAAGGAUGCUGAAACCCUAGCAAAUCUCGAAGAGCUUAUUGAGGACAAGAAAAUGGGACAAAGCAAUUUUGCUGAAGACAAUCAAAGUCUUGUGAAUUCACCAUUGAAGGUUGAAGCCAGAACUGUACUCUCUAGAAGAACCAAUCCAGUGCCCAGUGAAAUUACAGAGGAAGACGACGACCCAUUGGGUGGCCAGAUUCGAGAACUAAAGGACGAGCUUAUAAGGACAAAGUCUGAUGGGUACAAACCUGAUGCAAGUAAGAGUGGUCACUUUGCAAGGGACAGUUUGAGUCAACUGAGAGUCAGUAUCAACAAAUCUGCACUCAUGUCUAGUCCAAGAAAAGAUGAAUCUGAGGGGCAAGAGAUGAAUGUGGAUGGUGAUGAUGUGCUGGAAUUGAAUAAACAUAUUGACAAGUUUCAUGGUUCUUUUGAUUCUUCUGUUCACUCCUCAUUUGCAAGUGCUUCAGGCUAUAAUGAACCAGGGUCGAUGAGUGAAGAAGAUGAUGAUGAUGAUGUCUUCUCAGACGACUUGGAGAUGUCCAAGCAUGGAAACCAUAAAGAUGCUGACUUUGCAGUUCAUGAUAAUCCAAGCCAGCUCGACAAUGUUGGAUUCGAUGCAGCUGGUAGUGGCAUUUCAAUCAGAUCAAAGCUUCCUACAUGUAUUCUAGAAGAGCCCAUUUUCUCAGAAUCUCCUAAGUUUAAGAAUGUCCAGAAGAGCGUGGCUGCAUCGACAAAAUUUUCAGCAAGUCCUAGGAAUGUGUCUGAGAGUUCCAACAUUGGAAAUAUGAAAGCCAAUCAAGUUAGCCCUUCUAUGUCAAAGAAGCUUUCUGGUCCUACAGAUUCUCUAGCUGCUAGUCUUCAGAGAGGACUGCAAAUUAUAGACUAUCAUCAAGGGAGCUCACUAUCAAAAAGCUCUUCUGUUUCCUUCUCUUUUGGUCAUAUGGCAUUGAAACCCUGCGCAGAAGCUGACAAUCUUAAUGCUUCAGUCCAAUCGUUUAGAAAAGAUAAAGCUCCACAAGGUGGAUUAUCGUCGAUUCUCCUGUGUCGUUCAUGUAACAAGAAAGUUGAAAAAGAAGCUGAAGUAACAGAAGCUGGUUCUAACGAAAAACAUCUCAAGAACAUGUGUAUGGAGCAAGCAGCUAAAAUUGAGGAGCUAACUCGCCUGCUUAGGAAAUCUGGUGAUGGAGAAGAUGGAGUAGAGGUCAUCAAGGAAACAUAUGAGACAAAACAAGUUAGUGAAGAGUUUCGAAAAGCAAACUUUGAUGUAAGCGAAAAGGAAGCUCUUCUCAAGGAGAUUGCAGACCUAAAGAGCAAGCUGCAGCCUACUAAGUCUACAGACAAUGUGAGAUCCUCUUUGCUACUACGGUCCAUUCAAAUGCGCAAAAGCAUGGAUGUUACCAAGAUUGGUGAGAACAGUGAUGUUUUAGAGAAAGAAAGGGAGAUGUGGACAGAAAUGGAGAGUGAGUGGAUAUCCUUAACAGAUGAUCUCAGAAUGGAUAUCGACAACCAUCGCAGUCGAGCUGAGAAUCUAGAGAUUGAGCUCAAGCAAGAGAAGUUAGUCACUGAAGAGUUGAAUGACGCACUCACUAGAGCUAUGCUUGGCCACAGUAGAUUCAUAGAGCAGUACACGGAGCUGCAGGAGAAGUACAAUGAACUUGGGGAGAAGCACUGUGUGAUGAUAGCUGGAAUAACAGAUGUAAAGAAGGCAGCAUCCAAGGCCGCUAUGAACGGUCGCCAUGGAAAGCGUUUUGCCAAAGCCUUUUCAGAUGAGCUUUCUGCCAUCAGAGCUGAGAAGGAGAAAGAAAGAGAGCUGUUGAAGAAGGAGAACAAGAGCCUAAGAAGUCAGGUUCAAGAUACAGCUGAAGCUGUCCAAGCUGCUGGUGAACUACUUGUCAGACUUAGAGAAUCAGAACAAGCCUUACAAGUCUCUGAGGAACGAUAUAGCGUGGUGGAAGAAGAGAAAGAGAGGCUGAAGAAGCAAAUGGAGCAGCUAAAGAGCAGACACAAGACAGAAAUAGGGACAAUGAAGCAGUACUUAGCAGAGAGUAAAUUACCAGGAUCUGCAUUGUUGCAGCCAUGGUACAAGGAUGAGGAGGAGAAUGAAAUAGAAGAAGUAUCAGAAGAACAUCAAACAAAAGCUGUAAGUUUCGAUGACUACGAUGAUGAUCAGGCUUGGAGAGCAGAGUUCGGAGCUACAUAUCAAGACCACCAUUACUGAUUGUUUCAGACCAAAAGAUCCUUCUCGGGUCAUCCCUCUUACUUGUGUUCAGUUUUUUACUAUGUUGUUGUCGUCGUUCUUUUGUAUCAGCAAUUAUUGAACCGCUUAAAAAGAUUUGUAACGGUUUUGAAAACAUUCAUGUAUUGAUUGAUUGAUUCA